AUGACGGACCAAGCUCCGCUAGGUCCUGCAGGCAUACCAGUCCCGGACGACGGAGCGAGCAACCUGAGCAUGUCCUUUGAUGGUAAUGCUCCAGGUGAGGACGCCGCUCCCCGGGAGGGUGAGCUCCCGUUGACCACAACCGCACUAAGGCUACAUGACCAUAGGCUCUUUCAGAAGGGUGCAGUUUCCGAGGCCGGUGUCACCACCGGUGCCUCGAGCCGUCAGACUGCGUCCGCGCCUUGGCAGGUUGUGUCCCCUAGUGCUAGACAACCACCGGCCAGCCUUCCGAUAGCAGCCGGAGGAAGCUCAUCCCAAGAUAUUAGUCCGUCAGCCCAGAGUCUUUUCCCACCGACCUCCUCGACUAUGAACAGUUUGACAAUCGGCGAUCAGCGAAUCCUGCAGAAUCAAGCAAACAUUAGCAAUGUGUUUGUUCAGAACGACAGGUCGCCGUUACUCGAGCAAAUAGCUGAACAUCGCCACAAUCAGAUCAUUGGUCAGAUCGCAAACAAUUUUCAGGAGCAACUCCAAGCAAUGGGUAUGAAUGUCAUGUCGGGAGUGUCACAACUCAGAGUUGAACUUGCUCAGGCCGAAACCAGAUUAGGUAGUGAGGAGACACAGGCCAGACAGAGAUUGGCAACAGGUCAGUCGCAGCUUGACUCGCAGGCCAAUGAGAUCAACGUGGCACGAGGUGAAGCUCAAGCUUUGGCCCAAAGACUAAGCGCUGCUGAGAGCCACGCUGACGCUACCUACGCUAGGUUGCGUGAUCAACUUCACCAAGCGGAAGCUAAGGCCGUCAGCAACGCGGAUCUCCUCAAUGCUGAAAUGGACAGUGCCCGUGUCGCCGCUGCUCAGGCAACACAUGCAGUUCAGGCGACAUCUGAGGUUGAGAUUUCACGCUUGACUGCUGAAGUUAGGGAUUUCAGGGUGAUGAUGAGUCACGAGUCAGAGAAGAGAAAGAUGGCUGAAAAGGAGAAUGCUGAACUGAAAUCGCAGCUAAACCAGGCCAUCGCGGCUCUGCAGGCUCAUGCAAGCGCAACGGGGUCCGCCCCAUCUGCGCCACCGGGUCUGAUCCCUACCUAUCCCAUCAAUACUCCGCCUCAGGACGCCAAAGGGUCAAGGCCCCGACGCCACCCUGACGGGGGAGGCCCUGAUGGAGAUGAUGACGGCAGCGAUGAUGAUGACUCGAGCAGCAGUCAUAAGAAGAAAAAGAGCAAGAAGAAAGACAAGAAAAACAAGAAGAGGGACUCCAGUUCCUCUUCUGAUCUCUCGCCCAAGCAGCUCAAGGCAAUCAUCAAGCAACUUGCCAAAGGAAAGACUAACGAGAAGGAGGAAGUUGAUGAGGAUGUAAACAAGACCAAAUCCAAGGAGGCCGAGAAGAUCCUGUUCCCCAAGUUCCCGACACCUGAACAGUACAGGAACUGGCGAAUUAGGGUUCGUGAAGCUGUAGUUGCAGCGUCCAAUAAGCCGGAUGAAGCUUUUGAAUGGCUUUCGAAGGUAUGGGACAAGGACUCUAAGGAAGAAGAGUUAAGGGACACAGGUGGCUUCUCUACUCUCGAUGCCAAGGUCUUGUCGGCAGUGACAAAUGUCCUUGAAGGUGACUUCGCGCGCCAAAUGGACACCCUCAAGGAGAGGGAGGCUCACGCCGGGAGGCUAGUGAGGGGUAGACAAAUCCUGUUUCUCCUUCAUCAGCACUUUGCUACAAACAUCCUACACAAUUCCGUGUAUGACAUGGAAGACCUCCUUUCAGUGACAUUGGUAAACGAAAACCUUGUGAUGUUCGUUAGGAACUGGGAUACGGUGCUUUCAGGCAUUCAGACCACCCCUGAAGACAAGGUUCUCGAACCGCUCUUUCAUAGGCAGGUAAAGAAAUGCAAAGCACUUCAGCACGAUAUUGCCAUCUAUGAAAGGGCUGCCGAAGGCUCCAGUGAAAGAUCGUUUAAAUUUCUCUACGACGCCGCCAAUAGCCACUUGAAUCGAAAAAGGCUCGAGAGGAACCGGGAGCGGAUUGCCAAGCAAACUGGAGCUCCUGCUGUUCCUACUGCGCCUGCACCCAAGAAAGUACCCAAAGGGUUUUGCAUCUCUUUUGUCAAGAACGGCAGUUGCAAGAAUGGUGGCAGUUGUAAAUACAAGCACCAGACGCCCAGCGGACGUGGCAGAUCGCAGUCACCCGGCGGAGGCCGAGGGAGAAGUCCUUCAAGACCCAACUCCCCGUCAGGAAAGCCUCGAGUGUGCAAGUUCUACAAACAAGGUCGUUGCGACCGUGGAGAGAAUUGCAAAUUCAUGCACACCGGAAAGCCAGGUGCCGCUGCUACACCCGACGGAAGUCAGAAGGGAUCUGCGCGCCCUGACAAGGGCAAGGACAAGAAGAAGAAGAAGGAACGCAAGGGCUCCAGGGCUAGCUCCAAGGGUUCUAAGGGAAGCAAGGGUUCGAAAGGAUCACAUGGCUCCGGGAACUCGAAGGGCUCAGCUCGAAGGAGGAGUGGCGGACCUUCUCUCCCUUCAGCAGUUUGCCUUCUAGGAGCAAUGAUGGCCGGCACGGCUUCCCAAGCCGACGCUUUUACUCUCCGGAAGGAUGAGUCGUACUGGCCCCCUCAGUGUUCCACUGACAUGCGUUUGGCGCUACCAGCAGUGUCUUUUGACAACAGCCCAAUGUACAUCAACUUCCCACUCAGAGAUGGAGAGCUUAAGUUCCCUGUUGAGAAUCCUCAGCGCAGGUAUGACAAGAAGUGGUCUGUUGACUACAUUCCCAAGCCAGACAAUCAAUCCACCAGAGAUGCACUUAUGGCCGCUCGCAUGUUGAGAGCUACGGUCAAAGACAGUCUGGAGGACAAACCAAGCCGUUGCAAUUACUGUUGCGAUACGGAGUUUGGUUGCAACUAUUGCAUUCCAAAAGGGUUGAGAGUGUCUUGUCCCGCUAAGGUUCAACUAUCAUCAGAAUCGCCACCCAUCGAAUGGAUUGGUGACACAGGGAGUGCUCAGGAUCUCAUCUCAGAGCGGGAGCUUGUGAAUCUGCAUCCGUACGAAUCGGACUGCCCAAUCAACAUUUGCACUGCGAAUGGACCGAGUUACGCAGGCACGCAAUGUGAUGUAGGGAUACCAUCCCUCAACAGCAUAGCCAAGCCUUAUGUUCUCCCCGACACUCCCAAUGUUCUUUCAGUAGGACAGAGAUGCAUGGAUCUGGGUUACGACUUCAUUUGGAAAGGAUUUCAGAGACCCUAUUUCAGGAGUCCGGGAGGUGACAAGGUUUUCCUUGAUGUGAAGGAUAACGUUCCGUACUUGAAGUCUUGGAAGGAGGGUAUCGCUUGUCCUGCCCAUUCAAGACACGAGUCUACUCGGAUCGAUACGGAUGAUGCUGUUGAGACCAUCACCAACCCUGAACAGAUUGCCGCGCAACUUAUCCAGGAGCAGGAUUUCUCCCAUCAGGCAUGCUUGCGAUUGCUGAAGGACUCAAACUUUAAGCAAUCUAGGUUCAACAGGAAAGCCAUCAAACCGAAGGACAGUAAGGACUCGAAGUACAUGAUUUUCGGGGCUUUUUCACAUGGGGGGAUGCAAGGGAUAACCAAUCGCACUCAUUCCUACCCCAAGGUGAUUAAGUACCUUCUGUCCUAUCUUAAACAUCAUGGAGCGGAUGGCCCAAUAACAUCGAUUGCUGUCAAUCAGAACUCAGGCGUUAAAAUGCACAAGGAUGUCAACAAUCACCGUGAACACCUCAACUACACCAUUGCAGUCGGCGAUUUCACCGGAGGCGAAUUGUGGAUUCACGAUGACACCAUCCGGAAGGAUGAGCCAGGUUGCAUCAACAAGAUCGCCCCCACUGGUGCCAAACUGGGAGGUCGUUUGCACAGGUCGAAGUCGAAGAUCAUUUCCUUCGAUCCAAAGACUUUCCAUUGCGUCACUCCCUGGAAGGGCGAGCGUUGGAGCAUCACGGGAUACGUCAAUCGCGCUGUGCACAGGCUGGAUUCGCAUCAGCUAGAGAAGCUUAAGUCACUGGGGUUCUUGCUGCCGAAACAGAAGAACUUCCCUCCAGCAGUGCCUGCGGAAAUCGAUGAGGAGAUGACUCUUUACGAGUUAGCUACUAUGGAUCCUCCAGCUCCGGCCCCAGAACCGAAAAGCAAGCCUAAAGUGAAGUUGAAAAAAAAGCCUGAGGAACCCUCAGACAAGAAGAAGAUUGCCAAAGAAGCCUCCAAAGCCGAACCACCUUCGGAUGAACCAGAUUGGUCAAAAGUCGAGGGGUUAUUGAAGGAAGCUGUUGCCCCCAUCCCUUCAUCUCCGGAUGAAGAGUUCCUUGAUAAAACGGAACUGAUCAGGUACGAACGUGUGCAACAAGGUCUCGCUGCCGAUGCCCUCGAGCGACCAGCGACGGAGUCACUCCACAAUCAGGAGAAGGCCAUUGAUGAUGAGGCUCGAGAGCAAGCUUUGAGAGAUCUCGAGGACAUCAUAGCCGAUUGUGAUGAAUGGCGUCAUGUACGCAAGCGCAACAAGAAGCUCAGCUUCAAAUGGGUUGGUCGUACUGAGUUCGACAUCCUUACCAAACCCCACACUUCGGAAGAAGCUGUUAAAGAUUUCCCAUGUAUGCCUACGGUUCCCAUGUCCAAUCAUCAACAUAGGGACAAGAUCCCUGUUUCCCGCGCUCUUACUGCCGAGCAAGUUCAGGAAGCUAUGGCUAUGGUUGCCAGGCCAGUAGGAAGAAAAGAGCUGUUAGCUGAUCCUCAGGCCCAAGCUUCUCUUGACGUUGAAUGGGAAAAGUUGAUGAAGAAGAAAGCCUGGGACAUGUCAUCUGUUCGUGAAUGGGAAGAAGUCUCUAAAGAGGCAGCCAAAAGAGGAAAGAAGGCCCACGUUGGCAAAAUCUUUGAAAUCUGCGUGGAAAAGGGCAGUGAGCUUCCUAAAGGGAAUCCCUUACGGAAGUUCAAGGGUAGGACCGUCUUUCAGGGCAACAAUGUGAAGGACGAGAACAAUGACACCGCUCUCUUUAGUGAGCUGGGCUCUAGUCCCGCCACCAUGGAAGCGGGUAAGGUUCUCGACGCCUAUGGCCAUGCCCCCGGCCACGAUGUGGAACAGGGGGAUGGUAAACAGGCGUACACGCAAACGACUCUGAAAGGCGCUGACACUUGGGUCAGGCUCCCACGUGAGCGUUGGCCUAAGGAGUGGGUCGGCAAGUUUAGGGACCCCGUCGUCCGCCUCAGAUUGGCUCUUUACGGGCACCCAGACAGCGGGGGCUUCUGGGAGCAACAUUGCGAAAAGCGCUUGCGGGAGGUUGGUUUUGAGCUCGUGUUUCCCGCUGCAUGGCCAUCUGUCUUUUAUCAUCCCACAUUGAAGCUUUUAUUAGCCGUGUAUGUAGAUGAUUUCAAGAUGGCCGGGCCAAAAGAGAACCUAGCCAAGGGUUGGGAACUCAUCGGCUCUCGUUCUGAGGCCGCGCCAGACGAGCUCUGGGACACGGGGGGUGCUAAGCACAAACGUGAUCACUUAUGGACAGUCCCAGCGUGCCCAGCCAUCAUCACCUCGCCGACCAUGACCGAGUUUCUGACUGACGAGGAACGCCAGCAGCGUGUCGCGGAGUUCAAGCAAGCGCUAGUGGACCCCGACCGCCUGGCUGACGCCAUGGCUGGCAUCCUUCUUCCACCGAGUUUCAGUGACCUGGCGGAAGCUGUGGUUGAGCCACAGGAUGACGAUGCUGACGACGACUUAUUUCUCGGCACAAUUCCCAUCUACCGCUGGCGGGAGCUGCGUGAAGAGGACCCUUCGUCCCAUUGGACGGUGCUUUACGAGCGAUUCUAUCGCAAGCACGGAGUCCGUGUGUUUUCGGAGACCGAGAUUGAUGCCUCCGUGCUUCGUGACUCCACCCUGGGGGGUUGGAUACAGAUCCUUUACCGACAUGCUCAGGAUCUGGCCACCCUGGCGUUUGGACCGAAGGCGGGCGGUGCAAUCGAUUCCACUAAGCACUAUGACAUUUGCCGCAGAAUUGCCAAUCUUAGCGUAGGCGCUUCCGACUUCCAGUAUUUUGCGAAGACUUCGAGUCUUGUCGAGAAGCUCUUUACUCCUGCCCUUCAGCGCAUUUCACUCCCUCCGGAAGAGAGGCGACGGUUCUUGAUCGUCGGAGACUCUUCCCUUGCGUUGUGCCAUUACACGGGGCGGAAGCCUACGCACCGCAUGACCAUUGAGCCGCUCAUGCAAGACGUUUUCAGGAACAAUCCAGAAGUGGAGAGCCUAAUCUACUCAAUGAAGUGGGGGUAUCACCUCGACCAGCUCAUCGAUGAGGCGCUCAAGCACCUUAACGAGGCGAGGGAUCACCACCCGGAAGGGGCGGCUACCCACAUCAUUUUUGGAUGGUCAGGAAACGAUGUAUGGGGCCAACACGGCUAUCAUGGCUACACUUGGCAUCUUCAGAGCAAGUUCACAAAGCGAACAGCCGAGGAGCUCGAGCAGAUUGACACUUGGCCUGCAAAGCAGAAGCUUCGUGUUGAUCGGGCGUGUGAGAGAGCGUGCAAGCUCCUCCACCGGACUGACGUCUCGGGUGUGUCUUUCUUGAUGGGCAGCCAUCACUCCUGUUUCUUCCCGGUCGGGGAGCUCUAUGACAGGUGCAUGAAGAAUCACGCCCGAGAUCUGAUGAGCGGAGGAUGCACCAUCAUUGACCCUGUGGAGCUCUAUGAGCAGACCAGCAGGCCUGAUGGCUUCCACGCUGACGCGUCGGAUCAAAAUCUGCAGAGCACCCUUAGGUGGCACGCGGCGAUGCUCCGCGGCAUACUCACAGAUUACCGCCUUCUCGCUGUUGAGCAGCAACUCAUCGCAAAUCAAAGAGAAGCCGUUUUUCAUGCACACUUUGUGUUGAACAAGCCCGAACCGUUCCUCACCGUGCCCCCUGCGUCCGGUAGAAUCCUUUCCAAGAUUGUCGAUUCACCGGACCCACCUCUGGCGAGGGAGGCAGAAGAGGAGAUUGUGUUGGCCGGUCCACUCCUGGCGGAGGCGGAGUACGAAGUUGUCGACGACGACUCGGCUCAGAGCUGCAAUCCGCAGCCCAUCACUGAGUUAGACUUUGCCAGGAAUGACACCAGGCCUGGCGCAGGUUGCGUCCUCGCGAUUGAAGACAGCGACCCGAUCAACGUGGUUGCUGAGGAACACCUCGUCAUGGCCAACCAAGCGGCAGAGGGCAUCACGCAGGAAGAACUCACCGCGGUCGCGGCUGAAGAGGAAAUUACCCUCCUCAGUCAAUUCGUGGAGCAGGAUGAUGAUCCAUAUGAGAAUGCCGACACCUACUCCUUGAAGAGAGCUGAAGUGGUCGCGCCUCCUUCUCCCGUGGUCGUCAUCAGUGACCCCGACGCCCCUCAGCCGAGCGAGGCCGUUUCUCAGGCACCCCUUGUCCCCAAGGCAAAGCCGAGGCCUCCCACGCUGCCGCGUUGGGUUACUGCCGAUCAGCUCCCCGAUCUGCCGGAUGAUUACCGUUUCCUCACGGAGAACGCCCGGGUCUGCUUGUCGAAGAAGAUGUCCUUCCUUGCCCGGGGAUUCGCCAAUCGGCGAGCGCCAGAAAUGGCGGUCCACAUCUCAGCCAGGGACAAUUCUAUUGAAUGGUCCGAAUUUUUCGAGAAGUUGGGAAUGAUGUGGAGAGGCCUCCGUGUGGAGCACGUGGUGGACGUCCUCAAAUCCACUCACGACAAAGUGCGGUUCGAAGUCAAGGUUGUCAUUAAACCCGACAGGGAGGUCCAGCUGCGUGCCUUUAGAGCGAUUCAGGGGCACGACGGCAUACUCCUCUCGGAAGAGACGGACGUGAUGGCACUGAACACCCACUCGCUCAACUUCCAUGAGUACCGGCACUACAUCACUGACAUGACAAGGCCGUACCAAAUCGCCCAUGAAGAGAACCUCACGGUUGAAGAUGAGAUCAUCAGGCUCGAGGACCUCAAGUUCGCCGACAACGCACCGCGGCCCGAGCCACUGGCGGAAGCCAAGUGGGGUUCCACGCUCAAGGUGUGGUUCUCCGCAAAGGGCAUCCGAGUGGAUCGAAAGUACCGCUCCGAGCUCGACCAUUUCAUCGUCCAGGAGCUUGUUUCCUUUCCCUGGUUUUACUGCACCAGUUGCCGUAAACAUUACAUCGAUGGAAUGAUUGAGUGCCAGUUCUGCGGCUCCAGAAUCGCAGCUGAGAGUGACAUGGCACAUGUUGCCGAACCCAGCAAACGACGCCUGGAGUCCUCCCGGAAGGGACGGAACAUCGACAUCAUGUCGAUCGCCCCCCGGCCGGGGUUGGCAAUGAACCGGCACCGUGCAGAGCGAGGAACGCGCGAAGCACAAGAUCAAAGUCUCCCUGCAGCAGUACGCAGCAAAUGCGUGAGCAUGAGAAAAUCGGCAAUGAAGAGGGGAGGCCAGUCGAUCGCUGACGCUCUCACCAAUCCCCUCGACGCCUACAAUUUUGCGUCCCGUGGUAUGGGUAUCACUUCAUUGGCCCAGCUGGACAUGUUCGCCCAUUUGCACAAUCCAGCACCCGGGGCUGAUGCCAACGAGAGGAGAGCAUUCGCUGGCACUCACCGGGCUGACGCCAGAGUCUCAAUCGCCUAUCGUCCGGGAGACGACCGAGUCUCAUUGGAUGAAGCUUUCUUUGUGGCCUUUCAGUCAAGGCUCUAUCUCAUUGAUGAGAUAUCCAUGAUCAUCUAUGCCACCCAGCAGUCCCCGGAAGGGCGACAGAGACCCUUCACGAUUCUCUCUUACGAUGGUGACUUGUUCACACCAAGGGUAGGCACCGUCUCAGAAGUGAUGGCGGAGGUCAGUCGUUUCUUCCAGGAUCAACUUCCCCUGAGCGGAAGCCGUCAGGAUCCUGCACCACGCCACGUGGACUUGGCUCGAUCUCUCCGCAUCCCUGACGGGUUUGCUUGCCUCGGUCAGACCCAAUUGAAUGAGCUGCUCCGCGAUACCAGGUUUUACCAGCGGUAUCUGCACUCCAACCGUGUCGAGCCGGAGUGGAUUCGUCCCACGAGAGCGUCCUCACUCGGAAUGAUGCGACCUCCUCCUCCUCCCACAGCUGAUCGCAGAAGCUCAGCGCCGGCCCGUCGCCCAGCGGAAGCUGAAGGCUACCGCCCACCGACAGCAAAGUACGGGCCUUCUAUGGGAGCGAGGGAGCGCACGCCGUCAAGGGCUACAUCGAGGGGCAGAUCUCCAGGUCUCAGCUCAGCAAUGCCUGCGAGGCCACCGCCACAGCGCAGGGCUUCGACCCCGCGGCCUCCGCCAGUGCGACGCCCGGGUUCCCCUGGAGAGGUGCGCACAUCCCGCAGACGCGUGGAUCCCACUGGACCAAGCAUGACGGAAGGAGAAUGGUUGGCCGAGAGGCGCAGCCGAGUCGAUGUCGAGAUUGGGAAAAGGCUCAGCAUUCUUCAGGAACUCUUUGCUGACCUUCCAGAGCACUACCCUUUCGACCAUGAUGGUGAUCUCAUCGACCCGACGCGGACGCGCUCGAGCACCUGGACCCUUCUUGACGGGUACUACUGGGCCAUGCUCAAGGCCCGGGAUGCGCACUGGGUGUCGGAAGAAGAGGUGGUGAACGCCCUUCCUGCUUGGGGAAACCCAGGGGGGAUCGUCGUCUACGACUACGACCACGUGUUGUGGUAUCUCAGAGGAUGGAAACACCACGUCACGAAUCCACACACUGGUGUGCAAGAGAGGCGGUACUAA